AUGGAAGUGGCUAUGAUCCAUACCGAUAUACAAGAAGAUCGAGAAGCCACAAUGGCUCGCUUUCUAGCGGGACUUAAUCGAGAGAUUGCAAAUGUUGUAGAACUACAACAUUACAUUGAGGUUGUGGACAUGGUCCACAUGGCUAUCAAAGUGGAGAAGCAGUUGAAGCAAAAAGGUACCACCCGAGCCUAUCCUAACACCAUUCCUUCUAAAUGGGGCCAAAGCACAAGCAAGGGCUUUCCAACAAAUCGAACGAAGGAUUCCUCAACAAUAUCUAAGGCGAAUAAGCCUAUUGCUGAGUCAAGUAAAGGUAAGGCUCCUGAAAGUUCCACCGCCCAUUCAAGGGACAUAAAGUGCUUCAACUGUUUUGGUCGUGGACAUAUAGCGAGUCAGUGCCCGAAUAGACGUACCAUGGUGAUAAGGGCCGACGGCGAGAUUGAAACGGAGGACGAGGAAGAGAACGAGCCUGAAUCGAAUUCUAAAGUCAAGGAGGACUUAGAACAACCUGUUGAAGGUGAGUUACUCGUCGUCAAGCGAAGCCUAAGUCUUCAAAGUGUGGAAGAUGAACAACAACGUGAGAACAUUUUUCAUUCGAGAUGUCAAGUGCAAGGGAAAGUGUGUAGCAUCAUAAUCGAUGGAGGGAGUUGCACAAACGUGGCAAGCACCCUCAUGGUAGAAAAGUUGGGGCUAUCAACUACCAAGCACCCGAAUCCAUACAAGCUUCAGUGGCUUAACGAUGGCGGUGAACUCAAAGUGACAAAACAAGUCCUAGUGUCCUUUAGCAUGGGGAAGUAUUCUGAUGAAGUAUUAUGCGAUGUAGUGCCGAUGCACGCGGGCCAUUUACUUCUAGGACGACCAUGGCAGUUCGACCGACGGGUGAUGCAUGAUGGUUACACUAAUAGAUACUCCUUCAAAUAUCUUGGCAAGAACGUGACACUUGCACCCCUCACUCCGAAGCAAGUGUACGAGGAUCAACAAAAACUUAAACUUUCAGUGGAACAAGAAUUUGAAGACAUAUUUUCGGACGAAAUACCAAGUGGGCUGCCCCCUAUCCGAGGCAUCGAACAUCAAAUAGACUUAGUACCCAGAGCUGCACUACCCAACCGUCCUGCUUAUUGGAGUAAUCCCGAAGAAACGAAGGAAUUGAAAAAGAAAAUUACUGAACUCCUAGACAAAGGAUACAUCCGAGAGAGCUUAAGUCCCUGUGCAGUGCCGGUGCUGCUUGUACCCAAGAAAGAUGGGUCGUGGUGGAUGUGCGUGGAUUGUCGCGCCAUCAACAAAAUCACCAUCAAGUAUCGACACCCGAUACCCCGUCUUGACGACAUGCUUGACGAAUUAAGUGGAGCCCAGAUUUUCAUGAAAAUCGAUCUUAAAAGUGGCUAUCAUCAAAUACGAAUGCGGGAAGGCGAUGAAUGGAAGACGGCCUUCAAAACGAAAUUGGAUUUGUACGAAUGGUUGGUAAUGCCAUUCAGCCUUACAAAUGCUCCCAGCACUUUUAUGAGAUUGAUGAACCAUGUAUUACGUGCGUUUAUUCGUAAAUUUUGUGUUGUAUACUUUGACGAUAUCUUGGUCUACAGUAAAACUUUAGAGGAGCACGUACCACAUUUAGGAGCGGUGUUGGAAACUUUACGAAAAGAGGUAUUGUAUGCUAAUCUCAAAAAGUGUUCAUUUUGCACUGAUAAAGUUGUGUUUUUAGGUUAUGUCGUGAGUGCCAAUGGUUUGGAGGUGGAUCAAGAAAAAGUUCAAGCGAUUCAAGAAUGGCCGCGUUCGACAACAUUAGCCAAGUUCGAAGCUUCCAUGGAUUGGCUAGCUUCUACCGUCUAUUUGUGCCCAACUUUAGUACCAUUGCAGCACCCUUAA